CAGACUCAGGGAUUGAGAUGUCCACUCGCGCCAGUGGGUGGGAUCAUGCUGGAGCAUGUGAUGCUACCUGUUGGAGAAGCGGCUGCCGCAGCUCCGUGGACCUGCUCGUUCAUGAUCCAUCUGCGGGUUUCAUCUGCGGUCUUACUCGGUGCGGAGAGCCGGCUGGCAGCCCCCUCACCCCGCUGGCCAGCCCGCCUCUGACACCGUGGAGGACUGUGGAGGCACCAGUGGGCGGGGAAGUUUUGAUGCUAACCAGCUAACUUGGCUCCGUUCUAGCUCUUACCAACCCCGUGCGUCAGAGGCGCUCCUAUGUUUAGCUCAUGUUAGACAUGCUGCACCUCUGACGGCCAGCCGCUUCUCAAGAACAUGACGUCAUAGGCUCGUUAGGCGGAGGGUUUCCCUUCUAGCUAACUAACAAACUAGCGGCUAAGCUAGCUGCUGGAGGCAGCCUGGUGAGCUACCCCAUGGAGCUGAGGCAAUGUUCGGCCUGGCUAAGAUGACGGGCUGCCGCCUGACACCGGGUUCUGGGCGUCCUACGGCAGGAGGUGGAGCAUGGAAGCCGAGGAUAACCGGACCACAGGCUCGCUCGUUCAGAACCGACCGGAUCAAUAUAUGUUUUGCCAAGAGAACGGAGGAAUAGGUUCCUGUCCAAACCUCAUAAUGAGUAAGAGGGAGCACACCGGUACCCGGCCCGCCCCUGUGGCUCUCACUCCUCAGCUGCCCCCCAGAGCCCACAGGCCGCUCUGCGUGUCCGUCUCCUCUGACAGCAGUGGCCGCUUCAAGGCCCUGGAAACGCAGGAAUGGAAGAACAAUCUCAAAGCUCAGAUGGAGCAGGCUCACAGUGCAGGAGCUGCCAGCAGCACCGGCUCCCUGGAACGAGCGUCACUAUUCUGCGCAUCGGCGUCCUCCGUGGCCUCCACCUCGGUUCUGUCCAGCCCUGUUGAGAUCCUCAGCAAGAGCAAAUCUUCCAGCCGUUUCUCUCUCUUCUCCCCACCCUGGAACAGCUCCUCCGAGUCAGACUCAAACCCCCCUUCUCGUUCCGGCUCCAGGAAGCUGCGGAAUUAUAGCAGGAGAGCGGCCACGGGACCGGCCGGAGCCAAGAGCCCGGAUUUGCCGGAACCAAAACCCUGUGUGUCUGAACACUUCCAGUACUCUGAGCCGGUCAUUUCCAAAGUGACAGAUUACAUUUAUGUUGGGAACCUCAAUGCAGCGUACAGCGGGCGUACGCUGUGCCGGAACAACAUUGACAGCAUCAUUGACAUGAGCAGCGUACCGGGAGAACUGAGCCCCUCCCUCAACCUGAUACCAUGCACCUGCUCCCGUGGGACUCGCCACAGCUGGUCCCGCCUCAAAGUGGACAUUGGGGACAUGUCGGACACCCUGUGCAACGGCCGAGCGCUGAAACUGCGCUGUUUCGAGGACAUCAACGAGUGCAUCAACGCCUCCACCGAGAAGAGGAAACGCGUGCUCGUCCACUGCCGGGACGGGUUCUCCCUGGCGCCGACGUGCAUCAUCCAGUAUUUGAUGGUGAAGCAGAACAUGAGGCUGAUCGCCGCUUACGAGUUACUGAGGGCCAAAUAUCCGGUCAACAUAAAGGAGUGCCACCAAAACGUGCUGGUGAGCCUGGAGAGGGAGCUGAGGCCGGGCGGCAACGUCGACCCAGAAGGUUUCAAACAGGCCAUCUCUCGCAAAGUGGCAUGGACCUGACUGCUGUGGGACAGGCUGCUGCUUUCUGUCUGUAGGAUCCACACCGGACCGGCAGUGGAGAGCAGCUGCUGCUUCCCCUGAUCCCUCCAGCAGUUCAUCUUUCAGUUCACGACUUUUAAUGUUUCUCUAGAUGUAUAUUUGCCUCUUAACCAUCGGGGUCCUGAUGGAACAGUGACAUGUUACUUGGUGAAAACAGUAUUAAUGUGUCAGUGUUACAGUGGAUGUCCUGCCCACACUUUUGCAUCACGCUGUUGUGUUCUUCUCUGGUGAUCUUCUCAGGAGAAUUUGAUGUCAGUGCACUGUGGGAAACUUCUUUAGACAAACAUUAGUGUUGGGAUAAAAACCGCCCCGCGGUGUUCAUGCAUUCAUGCAGGUGGACCCCAUGAAGAUCACUUUAGUUUAAGUCAUAGACCUGGGUAAAAUGGAAAUCUAAACAUGUGACACUGUAUGCAAUGUUUUGUUGAAUUCAGGGUUAAAGUCUCAAAGCACAGAAAAGCAAAACCUAAAAAGAAACUUUGGAUCCAGCUCUGCCUGGAAACCUAAAGUUUGAGCUCAGCUUCUGUUCCAGGUCUUGGAUGAUUUUUCUCUGUGAAUGACUGAUUACAUAUCGCAGUGGUUCUUUGUAUAGAGCUGUCAAAGAGUCAAACUUGUCCAAUCAAAACUCAGCACACCUCUGUGGACAAGGGUCUUCAAUCUCCUCAUGUUUCAGCAGACAUGCAACAAUUUAUUCAGUGUAUUUAGAUUUUUUUUUUCAUACAAGCUGCUGUUCUGUUAGUUGUUUUCAGAUCUUUGGUGUGACUUCAAAUUGGAUUGGAAUGCAGUCAGCAGAUGAAAAAAUAGUGUGAUACAAGUGGGCUUCAGAGUAUCACAUUAUCUCUGCUACACACAAAAAAUACUAGACAACCAGAAAUGCAAUUGGAGACAAAAAAGUUUCUUAUUCAGUAUAUGCAAAAAGAUAGUUCUGCCUCAUUGAUCUCAGUCCAUUUGCUCAAUGAAGGUCACAAAGAAGUUCAGCUGCUCCACCAGUGUUUAGCAAAAUUACGGUGAUUGUGUAAACGGUUGAAAAGUUACACUGAAUCAAAUAAACAAACACUGGAGCUUCGGUGUUCAAAAAUUAAAAGUGAAAUGUUUCAUUCAGAUUACUAUGCUGUACAUUUAGAGCCAGGGUGUCAAACACACGACCCGCAUCCAGCCCUCUAGAUGGUUUAAUCCGGCCCAGUCAUGAAGAGAAAAAACAUAAGUAUGUUGAACAACAAAAAAUAGCAAGUUUCUAACUCAGUCCUGUUGAGAAUUAUGGUUAUUUAAACAAAGGAACACAAUGCACAAUUCCACCACUAGGGGAAGCAAAGGAAAAGAAAUAAACAGCAUUUCUUUGCAAACACGUUCCACGUCUGGGUAAAAUACAGUUAGGUUCCCCGCCGGCCUCAACGCUGUUAAGUUGCUAUGAAAACAAUCAAGUAUGACACCCCAAUUACCAAAAUGUUGUCAAAAAGAUAAUAGUAGCUCCAAGAAUAAUAAGUAAUUAGACUACUAGGUUGUUUGAAGCAUUUUUCUAACUGAGAAAAAAACAAAGCUAUAGAUAAUAAGUUGACCAUAAAUAUUUUUUCUAUUUUGUUUCUGGUCUGGCACACUUGAGAUCAGAUAGGUUAAUUGUGGCCCCUGAACCAAAAUGAGUUUGACACCCCUGAUUUAGAGUCUAUUUUAUUUGUACAUCUAUGAACAUUUGUGAACAUGUGGGGUGGCCUGUGCUGCUUUUGUUCACUAGUUUACAGACAAGAAAUUCCAAAAGUAAACAACUAUACUCUAUGACGUAAAGCGACCAAGUGCCGUCUCAGCGGACAGCAAACACCUGAUGGCAGCAAAAACUGAUCAGCCACCAUUACAGUCCAAUGUGUGGAAAACAAUAAUCUUCUGUUUGUGUUACUUUGAUGUGGAAAAACAACAGUGGGCCGAGCUUAAUGAAACUAAAAUGUGACAUUCAUUCUUGUUUACUUGUUUGUUUCUACAUACAUUUCAUUUACACUUGAUCAUCUUGAAGAAACACAAAGUACCCAGAAAUUCUUUCUGAUCAAUUUUCUCUGAUUGUUGAUGCAAUGCAAACACAGUAAACUGAUUUUGUAUUGCCCACACACUGCCCAUCGUAUCUGGAUGUCAGAGAGGGAACAAAUCACUUCAGUUGUAUUUUUUAAGUAAGUGCUACUACAUUGAAAUGUAAAUAAAGAGGGGACAAAGCUGUUGAUCUUAAAACUUAAGCAGCAGAUAAUACUAAGACAAUAGUACCUUUAGUACUCUUAAAAUAUCGUGUGAUAUCAACAUCUAUUCUAGACACGAGGAGUUCCAGAGAAGCAUUCAAAAAGUACAUAAACGUUUGACUGAAAUUCAUGUAAAGGUUGUCAAGGAGCCAAAACACAAACGCUUAAAUGCUUUAAGUUUGACGAGACAGAGGUCAGAGCUGUGGGUCACUGCCACAUCUCCACAAACGCUUGUCUGGGCUAAAUAAUACACGGUAAAAUGGUUUUCUUAAACCAAAAUACUGCACUUAAAUAACUAACUGAUAAUCAUUUGUAGCCAAAAUUUAAAUCUGGCAUUUUUUUCUACAGAAAGUCAGCUGGUGUAUUGUAUCUGAGACAUUGUUUACUGGCUUACAUGCUUAAGUUUUCUUUUGGUCGUCCCAUGCUGUGAUCUCACUACUGUUUCUUCAUCAUCACAAGAUUUCUGUAAAUUGUGCAGCUCUCCAUGUCCAAAGUCUGUGUUGCAGCUGAAGGAGUUUGAAAGAAACUGUCAUGUUUUACUGAUAAACGCAUAGAAAGAAUCUCAGCGGGAAAUUGUUCCGGAGACCAACAUCACCAGAAUCAGAACCUGUGCAGCCCAAAUGAGACUUGUGUUGUCACUUCUCUUUGAUGAUGUGUUCCAGACUCUGUCAGCCACAACCAAACUAUACAAAUAUUGUUUAUAACUUCCAUGUAAGUAAUAGCAUAGUUAAGAUGCUGUACAUAAAUGUAUGUUUUUAAAUGAUGUAACAGUGCAGUUUGACAUGAGCCGUGGUGGCAGAAGCAUUUUGGUGCCUUCACUUGGAUUGUUUGGUGACCACAUGGUGACAUUUGCACUUUUGACUUUUAUCUCUUGAAUAUGCUGUUGAACGUAAAAUAUUUCUACAUGCUUUAUUUGAGCAAAAGUGUGCACGUGACGUGUGUGACGUCCGUGUUGUGAUGUGUUUGCUGUUCAGUGAGGUGCUGUAGCUGUGUUUCUCUCAGACUGUGAAGCCUUGCUGUGGAUAAAAUAUCUGUACAAUUGUUUUUUUUUUGUUUGUUUUUUUUCUGUGGAUGCUCCAUGUUAUCGGAUCAGACUGAAUAGGUCUUCUAACUGGUUCUCAGGUGAUUUUUCCAAGUUCUCAGUGACUGUAAUGCUCAGAAAUGUGAAGCUCUGUAUUCCUCAUGCCAUGUUUCUAAAACUUAAUUUGUACUUAUAAUCCAUUAAAGGAGCUGAUGUGAUGAAGA